UUUGCGACUCGUGUCGGCGUCCAUUUUUCGAAUGCUGUCAUUUUGAUUUCUUCUUUUGGUGAUCGGUGAUUGUUCUGAAUCUAAAUUCGAUAAAAUUUUGUUUUUAGUGUCCAAAACAAAACAAUGUCAUUUAAUAAAAAGAUCAAAAUGGAGUUGUGCGGGCCGUGUGUAUGUUGCCUUCACGAUGGCUGCUUCAAAGCUAUCUGGAACAGUUACACAUGGAUGGGCGAGGAGGAGAUAUACGGCAGUAUGUUGGAGCAAUGCUUUGCCGUAGAUCUGCAAGGCAUUGAGGAGAUCCGUGACGGCUUCAUCUGCGAGAGCUGCAUCACACGGCUCCGGGACGCGUACAAGUUCAAGAACCAGGCUCUUGACUCCAUCUUUUACUGUACUGAGUUAACUUUGUAUCUGUUUCCUUCAGAGAAUGGGUCGGGCCCCCGCGAGGACAGCGGCUCCGUGCGCUCGGAGUCCGACGAGUACUAUGAGGUGGAGUUCCUGGAGGAUGACUUUGAUGAGGUGGAGGUGAAGGAGGAGCGCAUCGAGCGGCCGCCUCAGAAGAAGGACACCGCGGGCAAGCCCAGCGGCAAGCGGAACAAACACUUGGGCGAUUUCGUCGAAGAGGUGGAGAUCAAGAAGAUCUCGAACAAGCCGCGGCUCUACAGCAUCAGCGCCAGCGCCGGCAGCGACUCCAUCAAGAACGAGUACCUCGCGCUCUACAACACCGAACGGAACGCAGCCAACCACCAAAUAUUCGUUGACGAGAUCAAAAAUAUCCUCCUACACACUAACGCUGUCCCAUUCAAGACCGUCACCCAAUACUACCACUGCGCUUACUGCAAGACCAGAUUCGACGACCCAGAAGAACUAAGACCACACGUGAACGACACACACAUCACUGAACGAAUCAAUGCUGUCUCAGAAAUCACCAAACCAAGCUCUAUAAAUGAAACCUUCAAGCUAGACAUCAAGGAUUUGCAGUGCACCGUUUGCAACGUUGAAGUCACUUGGCCAAAUCUGUUCCAACAUCUUGAGGAUGUACAUCAGACGGUGUUCACUAAAGCCAAGCAGAGGAUUAUACCGUUCAUUUUAAGGAAAGAAGGUGGAGCGUGCUGUUUAUGCGAAGAAACAUUCCCAAACUACGGAGCGCUGGAUAAACACAUGAACACACAUUUGCAGAACUUUGUCUGUCCGGAUUGUGGUCUCCCGUUCCUGUCUUACAAGCGGUUCUCAAAGCAUGCAUUAAAACAUGUGACCGGAGAGUAUCCGUGCCACAUCUGUGGCAAAGUGUUCCCGAUAGAGGAAUACAAGAAGAAACACUUUGACACGGUUCACAUGAAGCUUACAACUGCCCAAUGCAAGCAUUGUCCGGAGAAAUUCGCGUCCUACUACGCUAGACAUGUGCAUUCCAUAGAGAAACAUCCGAGCACAAUCAAAUACAUCAACUGCGAGCUAUGUGACAAAGUGUUUGACUGGAAACCGCAUUACUUAGCCCACAAGCGCAAGGACCACCUGAAAGAGCGAAACUACGAGUGUACACUAUGCGAUUUACAAUUCUUCAGUCUGAACGACUAUAAACGCCACUUGUUAAUGCAUACAGGGGUAAAGGAGCACCAGUGCGAUGUUUGCAAGAAGAUGUUUGUGACUAAGCAAGUUCUGAAGGCUCAUAUAAACAAGGUCCACACGGCUGCGGACUGCUCGCUGCUGGUGCACACGCGCAAGAAGCGACCCCCGCUUCAGCCCAGGAAGUCGAAGAGGCUGGAGACGAAGAAUUGAGGCUGAGGAACUGUUUCGAUUGAGGAGGAUUACUCUACGGGGUGUUGCAAAAAGGGU